AUGAAAUAUGUCCGAGUCGGCAAAUCCGGCCUCAAGGUCUCUCAGGUGAUCCUCGGCUGCAUGAGCUUCGGCGACAAGAACUGGCAGCCCUGGCUCCUAGACAAGGACGAAGCCCUCCCGAUCCUCAAGUACGCGUUCGACCGCGGCGUCAACACGUGGGACGUGGCAGACACCUAUUCGAACGGCAGAUCCGAAGAGAUUGUCGGUGCGGCCAUCAAGGAGUACAACAUCCCGCGGUCCAAGCUCGUCAUCAUGUCCAAAUGCUUCCAGUUCGUUGAUGAAGAGAAGGGACCGAUCAACCCCGCCGUUCUGACGAGCAACGACGGUCCCCGCGUCAACCUGGUCGGCCUCUCCAGGAAGCAUAUUCUCGACGCCGUGGACCGUAGCGUUGAGCGACUCGGCACGGACAUCGAUGUCCUCCAGAUCCACAGGAUGGAUCGUGAUGUCCCACCCGAGGAAAUCAUGAAGGCUCUCAACGAUGUUGUUGAGAGUGGCAAAGUUCGUUACAUUGGAGCCAGCUCGAUGGCCGCCUGGGAGUUCCAGAUGCUGCAAAACGUCGCGGCUCGCCACGGAUGGCACCAAUUCAUCUCUAUGCAGGGCCUCUAUAACCUUCUUUUCCGCGAGGAGGAGAGGGAGAUGAACCCCUACUGCAAUGCCACGGGCGUGGGCCUCUUCCCCUGGUCCCCUCUGGCCGCCGGCGUUCUCGCGCACCCGUGGUCCGAUCGAACGGAUGCACGGGAGAAGUUGGACCCGUUCCUUCAGCUCCUGUUCCGCGGUGCGGAACGUGGUGCAGACAAAGAAAUCGUUGGGCGCGUUGAGGAGCUGGCGAGCAAGAAGGGGGUUUCCAUGGCGCAAGUAGCGCAAGCUUGGCUCAUUUCCAAGGGCUGCGUACCUGUUGGCGGGAUGGAGACGAAGGAGAGAAUUGACCAGGCUGUCGGGUCCUUGAGUGUUAAAUUGAGCGAGGACGAGGUCUUGUUUCUCGAAGAGCCGUACAUCUCGAAGCCACCAAUUCCUUUCUAA